GCCAAAACAUUGCACUGCAUGUGUUUUGAUAUUUGUUACGAUUUUUGUAUUUCUAUCAGCGUUAUUAAAUUGUGGAAUGUGAUAAAAUUAGAUUAAAUCUAAGCUUCCCUCCCCUUUUUAUUUAAAAUCCUCGGGGAAAUUUUUGAGUAUUUUUGCAACCAGCCUCACAACUUGACAAAGUAUUCCACAACUUCUUAAAACCACAUCAGCAUGAACCCUCCCGCACCAGCCAUCACUGAGCCCUCCGUCCUCACCGAGGUCCCGGAUGAACUCAAGCGACUGGCGCGCUUCAUCACCCGCGGCUUCUACACCAUUGAGCAUGCCCUGAUCAUAGACAUUCUUGUGCGAAAUCCCAUCGUGAAGGAGGACGACAUGGCAGACCUGCUCAAGUUCGACAAGAAGCAACUCCGCAUCUUCAUCAACAGACUCAAGAACGACAAGCUGAUCAAGCAGACGAUGCGGGUAGAGACACAGCCAGACGGACGGACCAACCGACACAACUACUACUUCAUCAACUACAAGGUCUUUGUCGAUGUCGUCAAAUACAAGCUGGACAGGAUGCGGCAGAAGAUUGAGAACAAGGAGCGGGACUCUACCUGCAAGGCGCUCUUCAAGUGCCCGCAGUGCCACAAGGAGUACAACGAGUUUGAUGCCGGGACACUGAUGGACAUGCUCACUGGGCAGUUAAACUGUACUUUCUGCGGGACAGAGGUGCAUGAGGAUGAGAGUGCCGUGCCUAAGAAGGACGCCUACAUGCAGAUAGCCAUCUUCAACGAGCAGCUGAAACCAAUCUUUGAUUUGCUCAAGUCUGUCGAGCACAUCAAACUAUCCAAGGCGCUGCUGGAGCCGACCCCAUCUGCGGCCAACGAAAACAAGAGACCAGGUGCCAGUCGUGGCGGUGCUGGCAGUGGUCCGCACAACGCGUGGAGCGGAGACUCGUCCAGAAACCUGGGCUUCGAGAUGUACGACCAACAGAUCACCAUCAACGUUGGGGAGGAGUCGCAGAAGGACAAGGCUAAAGAAAAAGCGGCGCGGGAACGCCCCGUCUGGCUGAUGGAAAGCACAGUAGAGGGCGCUAUAACUGAGACAUCGGCCGAAAACCCUGGCUCCCAGGCAGGGACUUCCUCGGCUGGGAAACCGACUAAGAAUAAAGAGUCGGAAGAGAUCAUACGCGCCUUAUUGGCGCACGAGCGGAAGUCCGGGACCCAGGCCGUUGUCCCUGGCGAGGGCGACAGUGACGUGGAGAGCGAUGCCAGCGGCUCUGACGACGAUUUUAACAUCGGUUUGUCGGCGCGCUCGGCCCCGAUCACGCACACCGUUGAGAUGGAAAGCGGGGACGAAGAUGAUGAGGAAGAGGAAGACGUGGUGGUGUCGGUCGGGGGACGCAUGGUGCCCUUCCAAGACAUCACUGAUGAACUCGUGGCACAGAUGACGCCAACUGAAAAAGAGGCCUACAUCAAAAUGGGACAAGAGGCUUAUGCAGCAAUGUACGACUGAAUGUUUUGAUGAAAUGCUUUAAAAUUUGGAUACGUUUUGAAACGCUUUGACCGUUUCAAAAUAUCACAGAAACUAAGAGAUGGUUAUUAUUAAAGUUCAUAGUGCAUACCCGAUGCUGGCAAGGAAUAAGCAUCUGUCUUGAGGUGAAGGCCAAACAACCCUAGGUUUUGCCUAGUCAAACUCGACCUGUAACUCGCAGUUUUGGAAAUCAUGAACUCUCCUAUGCAAACAUGCAUUCUGAGCCAUGCGGUUACUUGGGUCAAAAUUGGUCAAGUGACCAUUGGUGUGUUGAAAGUAUACCAGGGGAAGUGGAAGGAAACUUUGACCGUUGGUGACCUGUUAAACAGCAGUAGGGUUAAUACACAGUGACUCAAUCAUUCACUCGGUCAGUCAGAAGACCAUAGGCUGGCCCAUCAAGUCCAGCAAAAUGGAUGGAAAUAAAGCCGAUAUUGAGUGUCAUGUUGUGUAAAUAUAAAAACGCAAAUUGUCACGUCA